CUGUUGUUAUACAUGUAAAGUCUGAGACAUGGUAUACACUAUUUUACAAAACCGAACCGGUAUUACCUGUUGUUUCCUUUUAUCUGGUAGAUAUUUUGACAGAACCGGUUUGUAUAGUUUUAUUCAACAAAAUUUUGCAGGAAAGCUUUGAAAUAAGGUCUAAUUUAACCAGUUUGGAGACUGGUUCGAUUGAAAUUUGAAUAGCUUAAAACCGGGUUGAGCAUGCUGAGAAGAUUCGUAGAAGAGUUUAGUCGACAGUAAUGUGCCGUUGAUUUGCAGAGUCUAUAAUACGGCAACGAACGAACGUUUUGGUGUUUGGCUCGUCAAAUCGUAAUAGUCAUGCCGUAUUCAAUUGAUCAUGAGUGGUUUUGAGGUCCAUUUGAUAUAUACACAAACACUUAGUUCUAUAAUACAUAUUUAAAAUGGAAGCUUGAUAUAUAUAUAUAUAUAUAUUACUUUUUUGGUCAAACGUGGAAGCUUGAUAAUUGAUAUUAUUCACAGUGUAUUUUGUAAUUACGAGUCACAGUAAAUUUUUUUAUAUAUUAGAUGCGAAAUGUGCCUAUAAAUCAGUUUAAUAUAUAUAUUUGUGUCCUUACGACCUUUUUUUUUACAAAAAGAUUUAUCAAUGGAUCACACUAGAAUGGUCAAAAGCCAAUAUCAUCACAAAUUCUUAGUCGCAGUUCCAUUGUUAUUCUAAUUAUUCUCUAAUGAUGGUGAUGUGAUGUAGUUUUAACGACCGUAAUGUAAACGCCAUGUAUGUUUGUGUUUACGUGGAGUUUGUAUCUACUGCGCGGUAACGUCUGUAUUAUUUGUUAGUUAGAUGUUAAAAUUUGUAUGUACUGACGAUGAGGUUUUACAAAUAAUAAUCCAUUAGUACUGGCAAGUUAGAACACAAGUUUUUCGGAUCUUUCUUUCUAACUGAUCUUGAAGAAGACGAUGUUCCAAUAACAAAAGUCUCAAAUGACUGUGAUUGUGAUUAUGGGUUUGCUGAUCGUGUUAACUGCGAAUCUAGACGCUAAGUGCUUUAUAUCGUGUUGUAGAACUUCUAUAAUUUUUUGCAAUUAAGGAGUCCACUUCCAAGUCUCAGUCAAUGGGAAAAGUUUAGGUAAUCAAAUAUGGAAUAGGUUUUAAUUAUUUUUCUCUUUGUCAUUUCCAGAGGUAUUUCUAUACAUAGUGCUACAUUGCACUCUUACAUAGUAACCAUGUACAUUUUAUUAUAUGAGUAACUAAUUUAAAUCAAUUAAUGAGUUUUGUGGAAUAAGAUACGAUAUAUUAGAUCUUCUUCUGGAUUUCGAAUUCAGGACUACCCUUGUAGUUAGUAUUAGUAAUGGACCUCAUGGUCGUGUCACCAUUUAAUUUCAAACAUUACCGUAGAUGGUAAAAUUACGUAAGUUACUAAGCGGAUGUGUUUCUGUUACAGCAACAUUAUUUUUUAAAAAUAAAUUAUGUUCAUGGUAAUAAUUAAAUUAUGUGCCUAAUAUAAAACCAGAUCGUAAGGCAAAUCCAGAAACCAAAAAAGGAUCGAGAAGCAUAGAACUGGUCAGCAGGUUGGCCUUUCCAAAUUAUUGACCAAAGACCAGUCACACCUCUCCAUUACAUUACUCCCACAUCAGCUUUCCUCGUUCUUCAGUCAAAAAGUCAAACUCUAUCUCUCUCACACAAUCCUCUUUAUAUUCCUCUCUUUCAAAUAUAUCUACAAGCCAUGCACAAUACACAUACAUGCUCUUUCAUAACAUAUAACCUUUCAUAAUAUUUUGUACCGCGUUUGAUCCAUAUUUUUCACCUUUUUAACGUAAUGGAGAGGAAUAGUAAUGGUAGAGAGUGGGAGAAGAUGAAGAAAGAGCUCAACGAACUGAUGACAGAAGGUAGAGACUAUGCUCAGCAGCUCAAGUCUCAGCUUGGCUCUACUUCAUCUCAAGAAUCACGUGAACAUUUGGCCAAGAAGAUUCUUGAAUCUUACCACAAGUCUCUUACCAUUAUGAAUUACUCCGGUGAACUCGACCAAGUCUCUCCCCAUUCCCACGGUACAGGGAGCCCUAAGAGCGAUGAUUCUGAUCAUCAAGAACCACAUAUCAUCCAAAGUUCGAAGAAGUUAAUGCCAAGGUGGACCCGAAAAGUCAGAAUUGCCCCUGGAGUUGUGAUUGACAGAGCGCUUGAUGAUGGGUUCAGUUGGAGAAAGUACGGCCAGAAGGAUAUCCUCGGAGCCAAGUUUCCCAGGGGAUACCAUAGAUGCACGUAUAGAAAAUCUCAAGGAUGCGAAGCCACCAAACAAGUCCAGAGAUCCAACGAAGAUCCGAUGCUUUUUGAGAUUAUUUACCGAGGAAUACAUUCUUGCUCCCAAGCCUCAAAUGUUGGUUCAACCAUUCCGGUACAAGUUCUUGACCCAAACCAGAUACAAGAACAAGAAAAUCUUGAGAUCGGGAAGGCAAGUCUAGACACUGGUCAUCACAACUACAAUCAUCAAGCACAUUUGCAUCAAACUCUUAACUAUAUUUUGCCCUCUACACUAAACCUAGAGAGUACCAAUGUGAUGCUUCAAGAGAAGGAUCACAACAUUGGUUUCCUCGGAUCUACGAGUUAUAGUGAUGCCAACUACAAUUUUCUGGCUUCUCACGAUGCUGGCUCUGCUUCUCACUCUACAUCAAACUCUCCGUCCACCGUCGGUUUGGAAUCUCCGUUUGAAAACUUUGGUCCAAGUCAUCCAUUCGUAGGUUUUGGAGGGUUCUACUCUUAAUUCAUCACUAAAAGAUGGAACGAAACUUUACGUAAUCUCUACAUUAAAGAUGAAUAGUUAUUCAUAAUAGCUAAUCAAUAUCCAAUUCAGUAAUCCUACUUAAUUUCCCAAUUAAUCAUCAUGUGUUUUGUUUUUUUCGUUUUGUUUAAAUAAGCUUUACAGUGGAACUGAUAAUUGUUUGAGUUUUAAUCAGUUUUAAUUAUUAAAUUUGAUUUAUAAAGAAUAACAUUUUAAGUUUCUGAAUAUGGGAAUGAAGAAAAAGUAAAUCGAUCGAUGAAAUAUAUUUCCAACAGUUGAACGCACAUCGACUUUAUAGAAAUGAACUUCAAAAUUGUAUACUCCAAAAAUAAGAAAACCUCGUUAAUUUCUCUACCACAUAUAAAUCUUUUCUGGUCUCUAUUUAAUUAUAAU